AUAGUUUCAGAAGGUUAAAAUGGUUCCCAGGGAUAUAACUAAAAUGUUGACUGAUAUCUUACAAAUAGCAGACACAAAAUCACUAUUAGAACUAGUGAGAAAUAUCGAGCUAAAAGGAGUUGCAGCUGGUGAAAGUCAAGAAGCACAUGGUGUUCAAGAACUUAAUGUUGUGGUGGAAGCUGUACAACUACUGCUAGAUCUCCACGGAGAACCUCAGAGAAGAUACCACUGUACAUGUUUAUUGCAAGAUUACAUCUGGGAGAAAUUGAAUACUGGACACUGGAAGGAAGUGAAACGAGAAUGGAGAGACCUAUAUGCUUUAAUCUCUUUAAUAAGGAUUAGCUGUGUUGUCGAGCUAAGACUAAAAUUUACAACAUUGUGCAGAGACAAGACAAGAUAUUCUGGAAAAAGAAAACGAACCUCAGAUCACAAUAAUGUCAUUGGUCCUGGAUCAGAACCCAAUAACUUAGCCUCAAAUCCUGGUGAUAGCAUUGAUCUUGAAUCUGGAGAUCAAUGCCAAUCUGAAACCGAGCCAAGUAUUCGUAAAGAAUUAGCUAAAAUUGUACCUGCAACAGAACCCAAGUUUGAACAAGAUCCUAAUCCUGGACCUGGACCUGAUCAUGAACCUUAUCUUGCUCAGGGUUCGGGUUUAACCAUUUCGAUGGAAAAGGAUGAUAUCGAGCUGAUAGAAGAGUUGGUUAGAAUUGCAGAUAUGGGAUUGCUUCUCGGAGCACCUAUUCAUAAUAACGCUCAAGAGAGAAUAGCAGAGAUUCUAACAGAAUUCUUAGCACAGGACUUGUGCUCCCUGCCCAGUAAGAUAUCAUUUAAGAACGAAAAGGAGUUUACUCUGGAGAAGGUUGCGAUUCAUUUACCUGAACCUUGUAAACCAUUCCGUCCAGUUCCUGAUUGUUUGGAGCCGAGUAUAGAGGAGUUUGUCGCUGAUUUUAUGGUUCCAGGUCACCCUGUAGUUCUCACAGACUGGCCAGCAAUGUCAGAGGCGCGGCGUUGGGGCCCAACACGUCUGGUUGCUCUGGCAGGACCUCGUACUGUACCAGUAGAGCUGGGUAGGAACUACACGCAUGCGCACUGGACUCAAAAACUAAUGACCGUCAGAGAGUUUGCUGAGAAAUAUCUUGUGGAUGAUCCGAGUGAGGUUGGAUACCUAGCUCAACAUCAACUACUGGAUCAGGUCCCACAGUUGGGAGAUGAUGUAUGUAUCCCAGAUUACUGCUAUACAGGGGAGGAUGAAGAUGUGGAUAUCAAUGUAUGGAUUGGACCAGGGGGAACAGUUUCUCCUCUACAUACAGAUCCCAAACAUAAUCUUUUAUGUCAGGUAAGUGGUACGAAGUAUGUUGUUCUCUAUCCUGUAAACGAAAGUAAGAACUUGUAUCCCCAUUCCUCACCCCUGCUCUUCAAUACAAGUCAAGUUGAUCUUCAAGAACCAAACCUAGAUCUUUAUCCUGGGUUCUCAAACACUCAGGGAUAUCAUACACUUCUCCGUCCCGGGGAGAUGCUCUAUAUUCCGCCUGGAGUCUGGCACUUCGUUACAAGUCUGUCCACCAGCUUUUCGGUCAGCUUCUGGUGGAAAUAAACCUUGAAUAAACCGGUCAGCUUCUGGUAGAAAUAAACUCUUUGUUGAUUUUUUGUCAUCUUCUGAUGAAAUGAAAUUCUGUUUAUUUUCUAGAAGCUUUUGGUGGAAAUAAACCUGAAGUACAUUCACUAUCUCAUGGUAAAAUCAAUUAAGCAACUAAUAUACCAGUCAAGAUAGAAAUUUUGUUUAACGACUGAUAUACCCAUGUGAUAGAAAUGAAUUUUCGAUAUUGUGAUAAUUAUUAUAUUUUGUGAUAAAUUAAAAGAGAUUUUUUUGUCAACGUUUUUAGAUUAUAUUCCGGAUUACUCA